GAGGCUAUGGCUUAAAAAGGGUUACAGAGGCUAAGGCUUACAGAGCCUAUGGCUUACAGAGCCUAUGGCUUACAGAGGUUUACAGAGUCUACGGCUUACAGAGGCUACGGCUUACAGAGGCUACGGCUUACAGUGACUACGGCUUACAGAGGCUACGGCUUACAGUGACUACGGCUUACAGAGGCUACGGCUUACAGAGGCUACGGCUUACAGUGACUACGGCUUACAGAGGCUACGGCUUACAGAGGCUACGGCUUACAGAGGCUACGGCUUACAGAGCCUAUGGCUUACAGAGGUUUACAGAGUCUACGGCUUACAGAGGCUACGGCUUACAGAGGCUACGGCUUACAGUGACUACGGCUUACAGAGGCUACGGCUUACAGUGACUACGGCUUACAGAGGCUACGGCUUACAGAGGCUACGGCUUACAGUGACUACGGCUUACAGAGGCUACGGCUUACAGAGGCUACGGCUUACAGUGACUACGGCUUACAGAGGCUACGGCUUACAGAGGCUACGGCUUACAGAGGCUACGGCUUACAGUGACUACAGCUUACAGAGGCUCUGGCUUACAGAGGCUACGGCUUACAGAGGCUAAGGCUUACAGAGCCUAUGGCUUACAGAGGCUACGGCUUACAGAGCCUAUGGCUUACAGAGGCUACAGAUUAUAGAGGUUUACAGAGGCUUUGGCUUACAGAGGCUUACAGAGGCUAUGGCUUAAAAAGGGUUACAGAGGCUAAGGCUUACAGAGCCUAUGGCUUACAGAGGCUAAAGAUUACAGAGGCUUACAGAGGCUUUGGCUUACAGAGGCUUACAGAGCCUAUGGCUUACAGAGGCUACGGCUUACAGAGCCUAUGGCUUUCAGAGGCUAAAGAUUACAGAGGCUUACAGAGGCUUUGGCUUACAGAGGCUAAAGAUUACAGAGGCUUACAGAGGCUUUGGCUUACAGAGGCUAAAGAUUACAGAGGCUUACAGAGGCUUUGGCUUACAGAGGCUUACAGAGCCUAUGGCUUACAGAGCCUAUGGCUUACAGAGGCUAUGGCUUACAGAGCCUAUGGCUUACAGAGGCUAUGGCUUACAGAGCCUAUGGCUUACAGAGGCUAUGGCUUACAGAGGCUAUGGCUUACAGAGCCUAUGGCUUACAGAGGCUAUGGCUUACAGAGGCUAUGGCUUACAGAGGCUAUGGCUUACAGAGGCUAUGGCUUACAGAGCCUAUGGCUUACAGAGCCUAUGGCUUACAGAGGCUAUGGCUUACAGAGCCUAUGGCUUACAGAGGCUAUGGCUUACAGAGCCUAUGGCUUACAGAGGCUAUGGCUUACAGAGCCUCUGGCUUACAGAGCCUAUGGCUUACAGAGGUUAUGGCUUACAGAGCCUAUGGCUUACAGAGGCUAUGGCUUACAGAGGCUAAAGAUUACAGAGGCUUACAGAGGCUUUGGCUUACAGAGGCUUACAGAGCCUGUGGCUUACAGAGCCUAUGGCUUACAGAGGCUAAAGAUUACAGAGGCUUACAGAGGCUACAGCUUACAGAGGCUUACAGAGGCUACUGCUUACAGAGGCUUACAGAGGCUAAGACUUAAAUAGGCUUGCAGAGGCUACAGUUUACAGAGGAUAUGGCUCACAGAGGCUUACUGAGGUUACUGCUUACAGAGGCUACAGCUUACAGAGGCUUUGGGUUAAAGAGGCUAUGGCUUACAGAGGCUAAGACUUAAAUAGGCUUGCAGAGGCUACGGCUUAGAGAGGCUUACAGAGUCUACAGCUUAUAGAGGCUAUGGCUGAAAGAGGCUAUGGCUGAAAGAGACUUACAGAGACUACAGCUUACAGAGGCUUAAAUAGGAUACAACUUACAGAGGCUACAGCUUAAAGAGGCCACAGCUUACAUAGGAUACUGCUUACAGAGGCUACAGCCUACAGAGGCUACGGCUUACAGAGGCUUACAGAGGCUACAGCCUACAGAGACUACGGCUUACAGAGGCUUACAAAUGCUACGGUAUACAGAGACUACGGCUUACAGAGGCUUACAGAGGCUACAGCAUACAGAGACUACGGCUUACAGAGGCUUACAUAGGAUACUGCUUACAGAGGGUUACAGAGGCUACGGCUUACAGAGGCUACCACUUACAGAGGCUACAGCCUACAUAGGAUACUGCUUACAGGGGCUACAGCCUACAGAGGCUAACUUGGAAGGAAUGAAGGAGCAAGAUCGGAUAAGUCCGUCAGAUAAACAGGGUGCUGGACGAGGAUGGCUGUGCUAUAGCGACGUCCACCAGGGAGACAGAGCUUCAGAGGUAACGGAUGACUAGAGCUGGCCUCUAGGCUAGCUGCGGGAGAUGGAAGGAGGACAGCUGACGAUCAGAGAAGCAGGCACUGCAGACAGAGCGGCUAAGAGAGAAGGCAUGUACUGGCCGGUGGCGAUGGAGGUAGGACUACAGAAACAGUCCUUCUAGGGCUAAAAUAAAGCAGCUUCUAUUUAAGCCAUCCACUAACUUCUACAGAGCUUUCCAUCUUACUCCUUUUUUAAUAUUUUACAUCACUUUCUCUAUCUUCCAUUUCGAUUUAUAAAGUUUGCCUCCGUUGCCUCCUCACUAAAGCUGGCAAAUUCAUGAUCUCCUAAUUUUAGAUUGCAAUUCAAUUAAUUUGAUUAAGUUUAUUUCUAUAAUGCCAAUUCACAGCACAUGUCAUCUCAAUGCACUUUACAGUUCACUAGAUCAUCCAGUCAGAUUGAUUCAGUUUUCUAUCUAAGAAAAACAAUUCCACU